GGAAAUAAGACGCCAGCUGCUGCCCAGGUGGAGGGAGAAGGGCAGAAAUCGGAGCUUCCUGGGCUGAGCCGUGGCAUAGUUCGGAACUUCAUCUUGUGAAUCUGGCUGCUUCUAGGCAAGGAGCGACCGGCGCAGCGGAGUGAUCUGCUGGCCAUGGAAAGCAUCAUGCAACCCAACUGGAGGGAGAUAGUCAACAGGAAGCUGAAGUUCCCCAGCGAGCUCCUCGACGCCAUCCAGGAGGGGGACCUGUUGCGGGUGCGGCAGCUGCUGCAGGGGAGCGACGGGAUCCUGCAACAGCAGGCCGACAGUGAGGACCGCGCGUGGCGGGAAGCCCUCAACCUGGCCAUCCGCACGGGCGGUGGGGAAAUCACCGGGACCCUCCUGCGCUACGUCAAGUUCGACUUCCGCCAGAUCCACGAGGCCCUGCUGGUCGCCGUGGACACCAACCAGCCCCAGGUGGUGAAGAUGCUGCUGGACCGGCUGGACCAGGAGAAGAGCAUCAAGAUGGACAUCAAGUCCUUCUCCAUGGCCUUCUUCGACCGCUCCAUCGACAACGCCCGCUUCGCCCCCGGCGUGACGCCGCUCACCCUGGCCUGCGAGAAGGACCUCUACGAGAUCGUGGACAUGCUGGUGCAGAAAGGCCACGCCAUCCCCCGGCCCCACAAGAUCUCCUGCACCUGCCUGGAGUGCAGCAACGGCCGCAAGUACGACCUGCUCAAGUUUUCCCUCUUCCGCAUCAACACCUACAAGGGCAUCGCCAGCCGGGCCUACCUCUCCAUCGCCAGCGAGGAUGCCAUUCUGACCGCCUUCAAGCUCAGCCGGGAGCUGCAGCGCCUCUCCUGCAAGGAGCCAGAGUUCAAGCCAGAGUACCUCUGCCUGGAGCUCCUGAGCCAGGAGUUCGCCUUUGAGCUGCUGGGGAUGUGCCGUAACCAGAGCGAGGUGACAGCCGUGCUGAACGACCUGGGGGACAGCGAGGAGGAGGAGGAGGAGCUGGACAGCCAGGCCUUCGAGGAGGGCAUCCCCAACCUCGCCCGGCUCCGGCUGGCCGUCAACUACAACCAGAAGAGGUUUGUUGCCCAUCCCAUCUGCCAACAAGUGCUGUCGUCCAUCUGGUGCGGGAGCCUGUCGGGCUGGCGCGGGAGCAACACGCUCUGGAAGUUCUUUGUCUCCUGUUCCAUCUUCCUGACCAUGCCCCUCCUGAGCCUGGUGUACUGGAUUGCCCCAAAGUCGCGGGUUGGCAAAAUGCUGAAGAUCCCAGUGAUCAAGUUCCUCCUCCACUCGGCCUCGUACCUCUGGUUCCUGAUCUUCCUGCUGGUGGAGUCCUUGUUCCUGGAGCACAAGCAUCACAUCUUCUUGGGACGCAGUCAGAUCGUGUGGGAGAACUCCCUGCACAUGGUCUGGGUGGCUGGCUUCUUCUGGUACGAGUGCAAGGAGGUGUGGAUCGAGGGGCUGCACAGCUACCUCCUGGAUUUGUGGAACUGCCUGGACGUCGUCAUCCUCAGCCUGUACCUGGCCUCCUUCGCCCUGCGGGUGCUGGUCGCCGGGAGGGGCCACCUGCACUGCCUGGACGCCCCUUCCUCGCCGGAGUGCUACUACUUCACCAGAGCCGGACGGCACGAGUGGCAGCCCGAAGACCCCCAGUUCGUCGCCGAGGUGCUGUUUGCGGUGACCAGCAUGCUGAGCUUCACCCGCCUGGCCUACAUCCUGCCCGCCCAUGAGUCCCUGGGCACCCUGCAGAUCUCCAUUGGGAAGAUGAUUGACGACAUGAUCCGGUUCAUGUUCAUCCUCAUGAUCAUUCUCACCGCGUUCCUGUGCGGACUCAACAACACCUACGUUUACUACCAGGAGUUCCAGCGGCUGGGGAACUUCAACGAGACGUUCCAGUUCCUGUUCUGGACCAUGUUUGGGAUGGAGGAGUACAGCGUGGUGGACAUGCCCCAGUACGCCCUGGUGGAGUUCGUGGGGCGGGCGCUCUACGGGAUCUUCACCAUCGUCAUGGUCAUCGUCCUUCUCAACAUGCUCAUCGCCAUGAUCACCAACUCCUUCCAGAAGAUCGAGGACGAUGCGGACGUGGAGUGGAAGUUCGCCCGCUCCAAACUCUACCUGUCCUACUUCAGGGAGGGCCUGACGCUGCCUGUGCCGUUUAACAUCAUUCCCACACCAAAGUCCCUCUUCUACUCAGUCAGGGGCAUCUUCCGGUUCCUUUGCUGCUCCAAACCCAAGAGGCAACAGGAUUACCCCCCGAUUCCCACCAUCGCUAACACUGCCUUGGAGGACGUCGGCCUGGGCGGGGAGAGCCGCCGUUCCUAUCGGCUGCAGGUCAUUAAGGCUCUGGUGCAGCGCUACAUCGACACGGCCAGGCGGGAGUUCGAGGAGAGCAGGAGGAAAGACCUGGGGAACCGUAUCACCGAGCUGAACAAGUCGGUGUCGCGCCUGCAUGCGGAGGUGAAGCGCCUGCAUCACAGCCGGCCCACCCACCCUGCCCCCGCCAGCCCUCUGGAUGGGGCCAGCGUGCUGCACAGAUAUAUCCUGCGAGUCCAGGACAACUUCCAGAACUUCAGCCAGGCCUCGGGCAGCUCCAGCCCAGGCUCCCCCGCCCAGGUGAUGGUGCACCAGGACGGGGCUGCCGGGAACGACCCCAAGGCGCUCUCCCUUGGCCCCCAGCACGCGAUGUCUCCCGGGGACCAAGCAGAAGAGCCAGAGGACCCGAGUUCCCGUCCAGCAGAGGAAGCCGACUCUGGCCCCAGCCUCUAGUGGCUCAGGGCAGCGUUUCCACGGCGACACAGAGCCAAGCAAUAAUAGCAACACUCAUCACUUCUAGUGCAGCCGAAGGAUCCCAAAGCGCGUUGUAUGCUGCUCCUGCUGGCUUGUGCCCCAGCCCAAGCAAGCAGGGAGCUCGCUGCCUCUCCCACACGGGGUCGGGGAUGGGGGUUGAAGCGUGGCUGAUGGCCCAGUCAGGCUCUCUGUCCACCAAGCCGCUGCUUUGAUAGAGAGCAGUGUCUGCGUAGCCGAGCUCCCUGCCCAGUUAUUAGGCAGAUGGGCUGUAGCACCAGCUGGGUUUCUUUUACUUUGAUUCAGUGUUUAUGUCAAGUCCUUGGGUGUUACAGACUGGGCCCCUGCAACUUAAAUAUAAAGCCCUGGAGAAAAUACCUCCACCCACUGUCCCACCAGUGACAUGCUUCCCCCUCUGGGGUGCCACGAGGCAGCUGACUGACAGCGAUUUUUUGAUCCGAGGGCUGCCUGGGUCACAGUGGAAAGAGAGAGCGAGCAGGGGCCAGAAGUGUGUCUGAGCAGGGGGCUGGCCCAGUGGCACAGGACUAGCACAAGGCACUGUCAUGCUGGGGACCCUGCCUCAGGGCCAGGCUGGGAGUGCUGCAGGGUGCUCGGCGGGGGAUUGACUUGUCCUCUAGGGCCCAGCUCCAUGUGAUGCUGGAGUGGGACAGACAGGCUGAGCAGUGAUGUGCAGCCAUUGUAUAGACUGUCCCAUGUAUCCGUCUGGGAGGGAAAUCAAGGGGAUUCCUAGAGACACCGAAGCCAGUCCCUGCCUUCCUGGCCUGGCAGCUGAGAUCUUGCUCGUAGUCUGUUAUAGGUGCAAUUCUGCGAUCAGGAGGUAGCCAGUUAAUGAACCCAGGCAGCUGCCGCCUGGAAGUGUGGUUCUGCUCUGACACGACUGGCCCUGUGUGUGUGGUGGGGGCAGAAGGGGGGAUCUGUGCUUGUUGU